AUGCCCGGCCGUUACGAACCGGUCAACACCCAGGACAACGACGACAUCAACACCCCGAUCUCGUCCACCGCGCCGUCCCUGCGGCAGCGAGCGCCCAACUCGCCGCCACCAUCAUUUCACUCCCGCGCUUCGUCCUUCGAGCGCAGACGGCAGAAUGUCGAUCCCGCGCUAGCCGACGCAUUCGACGCUGAUGACGACGACGAGAGCGACGACGAGCCCGACGACAGACAACGCCUCGUCCGCCAGACUUCGUUUCCCGUAUCGGCGGCCUCGACGCCACAUGGCGCAGCCUCCCCAGAUCGUCCAGCAGUUCCCGAGAGGCACACGACCCAGUGGCCAUCGCAGCCCGCCGGGAGCAAUGCGCAGAGUUCAUCGAGGACUUAUGGCGGUGGUAUCCAGUCGGACGGUGUCUUCUCCAACAUGAUGGCAAGGCCAGAGAGGGGCGAGAAGAUCGUUGAAGAACAGCCACCAACAUACGAACAAGCCGCUGCUGAUUCCGCUCCUCCCUACUGGGAAACCACCAUCCUUGCUCCUGGCCUGGGCGGCCCUGACGAGGUUUACAUCGACGGCAUGCCCGUCGGUUCCAUCUUUAGCUUCAUCUGGAACGGCAUGAUCUCCAUGUCCUUCCAGUUUAUCGGUUUCUUGCUCACCUACCUCCUGCACUCUUCGCACGCUGCCAAGAAUGGGUCCCGCGCCGGUCUGGGUAUCACCUUGAUUCAAUUCGGAUUCUACAUGAAGCCGAACUCCAACCCUGAUGGCAUGAGCGGCGACGCCCAAGAUGGCUAUGCCCAGCCGCCGGACCCGAACAGCCACGAUUUCGACCCCAACAGCGUAAACAACAGUGGCGGCUCCAGCGACGGAAACAGCCUGAGCGAUAUUGCCAGCUCGGAAUGGGUGGCCUAUAUUUUGAUGAUCAUCGGCUGGUUCAUCCUGAUCCGCGCAGUCAGCGACUACAUCAAAGCUAGACGACAUGAGCAGUUGGUUCUGCAGAGCCCAGACCGAGGGUUCGUCGUAACGGAGACCGAGCAGCCCGUGAGGGUUGUAUGA